GUACAAACUAUAUACUGGAUUUUAGUUAUUGACUUGUGUAUUGACUUCUUUUUCACCGAAAGGAAUUAUGUGAAAAGGAUUGUUUAACUUAAUUUCGUCUAAUUUUUUUUUAUUUUUUAUGUGCACAUGUUAUAAAUUAUAUUCAGAAAUUAGGAAGUGACAAACGAAAAACUGCUGAGGUCUCAUGUGUAGGUGAAAGCAAAAAUGACAGUCCACGGGCAGUGGUCAAAUGCCCAAAACAAAAUGAAGAUGUUACCUUCCACUCAAAACGGGUACAUGAACUCAGCAGCGUACCCGCCGGACUCCCAUCUUAGUGUUAGUAGAUCCUGGAAUGGACUUGUCUUCCAAGUUUCCCCUAUCAGAAAUGGAUACACAAAUGGACAUACAAUGGUGUCUCCAUUAGUGUGCCAGGAAAAUGGCUCAGAUUCGCCAAGAUCUGGGAUGUCCACACCGGAUAAACUGUUGGACUCUCCAUUCGUUUCAGUGUCCAAACCCCGUUUUUCCAUAGGAUCUGACGACGUGGAGGAAAAUUCUUAUUAUUCUCAGUUUGAUUACUCGGAAACAGAACAGGAAUAUGUGACUUUGGACAAUAACUACCUCGUGACGACCACUAGUACGCCAGCUUAUACAAGACAUCUAUCCAUGCUGGACUUCAAGAGAAAUCAGCUGAACAAUUCUACGAGGUCGGAUAAAACCCGACAUGUUCCAUUUAGUGCUCACAACCAGGUGUUCAUUGACAAAAACCUAGACCAAUCUUAUAGCAAGCAGAAAUCCCUUAAAAGAAAAAGUCUUAAGAAAAUAGCGGAGAACAUUGGGUCAGUGCUAAGUUUGUCCCCCAGGAAAGAUGGAAAUCCUAAAUUAUUUUCUCCUCGGGAGGAAACGGUCUGUGUCAAGAGGGAAAGAAGUAAAUCUGUGGGGGACCUUGAAAUGUUUGAGGACCUAAUGGGACAGAGGACUGUAGGGCAAGAGGGUGGGGAUGGGGAGGGACUGGGACAUUAUAGUGACGAUGAUGUUGACGGUGAUGAUUAUGGAUUUCUUAGUUACCCGUUUUCUUCCUCGUCCUAUCUUUCUGUAGCAAUGAACAAGACGAAAUCCCCCACACCCUCCCAUCGUAUCCUGCCGCGGAUACGGAGAAGCAAGACCAAGCCUCUCCCUGGGGCCCAGCACGCAUGUAUGUGGAGCUCACAGGGACAUUGCACGUGGACCAGUUUGAGUGGGCGCCGGGUGGAACUUCGGCCGUUCUGUCUUCUGCAGAUUACGGAUGCUGAGAGACACGUUUUGCAUAAGAUCGCCUUAUCUCGACUACAGGCUCUUAACCUAGGCUGUCCAAUAGUUAUCCCGAAAGAAUCUACAGACUGUCGGCGACCAAAGCGACAAAUCUUGUCGUUUAAAAGAAGUAAAUCUGCCAACUUAGCUUCCAUCAUCGACAAGGUCAAAUCAGACGGUGAUAACAAAGAGCAUCAACCCGUCGGUUUGGUUUUCGGGAUACCUUUGGCGAAAUGUAUCGCGAACGAUAUUGACUUGCAGAAAAAAAGAAGUGCUAAAAACGAAAACAAUGACGUCAUUAUUCAUCGUAGAGAACCAAGGAAAUCCAGUAGCUCAUCACAGGGUUCCACAGAUAACUUGAAUCAAAAUGGAAAUACUCUGUCACCCGCUUCAAUCAGCAAGAGAGUCCCUAGUACCGAUUCUUUGUCCGAGUCCGACUGUAGUCGACACACGACAAAUUCUAGUCUUGUCGAUGCCCUGUCGCUAUCGACACGUCCAGAGAGUCUGAAAAACGACCAGCUUUCGUCUUACCCCUCAAGCCAACCACGUGUUCCAAAAAUUGUGCAAACCUGUUUCAAGUAUCUUGAGGCUUAUGGACUUCAAGUUCUAGGUAUUUUUCGUGUUGGGGCAUCCAAAAAAAGAGUAAAACAGCUGAGAGAUGAGUUUGAUAGCGGUAAAGAUGUGAACCUGGACGAGUCCCAAAAUUGUCAUGAUGUAGGUGCACUGCUUAAAGAGUACUUCCGGGACCUUCCAGAAGCACUUCUAACACGUGAUCUGUAUUCAGCAUUUGUGGCUACUCGAAAAUUGGGCAGUAAAGAGGCACGCAUAGAGGCUCUUAGUUACCUUGUUUCUCUACUUCCGGUCUCAAACAGAGACACUCUCUGGGCACUUCUCAACUUCCUGUCCACAGUAGAUCAACAUUCCAUGGAUAAAGUCGGAGAAGAUGGACAAACAUUGCCGGGAAACAAAAUGGAUUCCAACAAUCUCGCCACUUUGUUUGGGCCUAACAUUCUACACAAGGUGAAAUCAUCUGAAAAAGAAUAUCAGGUGGAGAGUUUGGAGCGGGCGGAAGAGCGCAAGGAUGUCAUUGACGUCAUCAAAGACAUGAUUGAAAAUUACAAUCAAAUAUUCCAGGUUCGACCGGAAGUGCACGAUGAAGUGAUUAAAUUGUUGGUGGACACAGACCCUGAAACUGCCGACGAUUUGCUCAAGGCUAUGUCAAAUGACAUGGGAAUUGAACCUGACCCUGACACUACUUCAAGUAGCAUUUUUGAAGACAGCGAUACGGCGUCACUGCCACAUUCACCCUGUAGCGAAGGGGACUUUAAUGCAUCCGCAACAAGAGAUAGUGCUCUACAUCCGCCUUUAAGGAAUACUCAUAGUGAGGAUAUAAUGACUCCUAAAACAAGGCGGAGAUUCUUUUUUUCUAGUAGUGACAGUGACAAGAGUAAAAAUAAAACUGACAAUAAUAAUACGGAAAAGGAGCGCCCUAAGUUCCGGUUACGUAUGGACCGGAGUCCAAGUCCCGGAAACAGAGCGAAAAUGAGGCCACCGAAGGUGAAAAUCUCUUCAGACAGUUCAAGUCCAGAAAUUUCAGUCCGUCGUUCUCGCUCAGAAUACGUAGAUAGACCUCGAUCCGAAAACUAUUCGAACAUUCUUGCCAUUCCAAAACCAAACUACGUCAGACAGAAUAGUGCCACAAGUUUUGGUAGUUAUGCUAAUACCUCAUCUAGUGACAGUAUGCCAGAACCCGAGGUAUCAGGACAAUAUUUACUACCAACUCCAGUAUCCACAGAUAACUCGCCUUUGUCUAAGAGAAUAUCCCCGUCCCAGCGCAGGCCAUUAGGGGUGCGGAGGAAUGCGUACUCCGGUUGGGAACGUGAGCGCUGGCGGCAGUGGGAAAUGUUAGCGGCGGAGGGAGGGGAUGAGGGAUUUGAGAAAGAGACUCUUGUAUGAUCCAUGCUGAACUAUGCAAUUUAUUGAUGUUUAGUAUGCGUGAUAAUUGGAAAUAUUUAUACAUUUUGCAUUAAACGGGUAAAUAUCUAUGUUCAAAUCAGUGCUCUGCAAUAUAUUUGGAAAUUAUUUCCUGUGCAAUAUGCAUUUGGAUUGAUGCAAUACGAGUAGUUUUUUGUAUUUUGUGUUUCUCAUUUUAUUCACCCCCAUGUAGAUGUCUCUUUAUUGUCUUCCAUAAAACAUUGUUAAAUUUGAGAUUUUUGUCUAUGCAAAUAAAUAGAUAAAAACUGUUAUGGAAAUCUGAACGUGUUCGGAUAAAAUGUAUGUGAAGUUAACGAAUGUGGUUUCUAAAUACUAGGAAGUGAUAUGUUGCCUUUUUGCGGAAACAUUUUUAAAAGAGAGAUCAGAUGUUCUUUAUAUUCAUUGUUAUAUUGUUUAUGCUUAGUACUUGUUUAUAAAAUCACAAAAUAAAUUAUUUUACAUACGGACAA